AUGGCAUCUAUCUCCCUCCCCCCGCAGUCCCAGUCGGGGUUUCCGCAGCAUUUCGAUUCUUCAGCCCCAGCGAACGUCAAUGCCAGCCAUCGCAUGAGCAUGCCGGCCCCAUUGCCCAAUCCAAAUUUUGUGUUCCCCGCCCGGGACCCUGAUAUGAGCAAUUCUGAGCGUGCGCCUCCCGCCUUGCCAGUAUUUUCAUUCAAUCCUGGGUCCAAUCAAACUCUACAACCUACACCGGCACAUAAUCCUCGAGCGGGUGGUCACCGCCGGCGACACAGUGAAUAUGUUGGCGGCGACCAAUUGGUAACACCUCCCGGGGACGACAAACGGGAAGAACCUUCAUCUCCGACACGGCCGAGCGCGCCGUCGGUAUCGCUCCCUGGAAGAGGCCCGGGCCGACGUGGGCAUGCGCACCGUCGAUCAGCGGCGGUAUCUGGUGUCGACAUUAACGCCAUCAAUAAGGCGCUCGCGUCCAAUGUGACCGCGGGAAGUGCACCCUGCACUCCGGGCGACCGGCUCUUCGACAAUGGCCAUGAAGACAUUUCUCGACCAAUAUCGUACUCCGCUGGCAGCCUGGGUCGUCCAACACCUCCAGCAUCCCCUCAAUUUGCCCCUGUUCCGCCAGUUCCCCCUGUGCCUCCUAUCCCGGCCGUGAUUCAGGUCCAGCCGGCCCCGAGCAAUGAGCAUGAAGAGAUCGGGCGCCCUGUCUCGGCUAUUUCAGCGGUCUCUAAUGAGAACUCUCCAAACCACCAUGCAGUUAGAUUUGAGCAGCCCGAGAAUCCCCCGCCUGUCCAGUUGCGACCAACACAGAACCGCAGCUCCAAGCCGCGGCCCAAAACUGCCGAUGCAUCCCUGGCUUUCGACUUGAUACAAAGCCAAAAUGUACCGGAUGUACCCGCUGUCAAGCGUUCAAAGUCGACUGGACACUCUCGAUCACGCAAAAGCAUGUCGACGGGGAACCUGGAGGCCAUGCUCUCCAACAAUGGGACCGACGAUGCACACUCGACGGACACGUCUCGCCGUUCUUGUUCUGAUGAUGGCUCGGAAUCUAGCGGCAGCGAACAUGAAGGAGAUGGAACUCCUCCUAAGAAAUCGCGCAAAUCAAAGAAGGCGAAGAAGCGUGUUCGCUCGUGGGCCGGUGCUAUCUUAACUCGCGGUAAAGGCAAGAAACAUACAAAGGCAGAGGUCGAUGACAAGAAGAGGCCACCUGCGUUGACACCUCCUAUGCUUACGCGGACCAAUUCGGAGGUUGGCUCUGUCUUGGAUGUAGACUUUGAUAAUGACGAUGUUGUUGUCCUUCGGACGCCAACCAAUCCCGAGGGUAAAUUUGCAACCGCGGAGUCCGUCCGUGAGGAGCCUCCGUCGCCUGUGCCUGCCUCUGUCCCCAGUCUUGAAACAUCAUGGAAACCGCGAAGCUUUUAUGAACAGACCGCACAAGAUGACAUGUUGAGCAGCCCGAUCAUUGACCUUGACGCCGCCCUGGGUCCUUUCAAUACCCCCGACAUGCGACAGAGUGCUGGCGCUCCUAGCCAGUUUUCUCUUGCAACCCAAAGAAUGUAUAGUGGUGGGCGACGUGGAGAAUUUGUCGGUCCAGAGAUGCGAUAUCAUCGUCGCACCGAGAGUGCUCCUGUCAUGCAGCCAUUCGAUCGCAGUUCUCUGGGUCCAUUCCGACUUGGGGGAGAAGAAGAGGAUGCUUUCCUGGCCGCAAGCCAGUCUCCCAGGGGCCGCAUGACACCAAUACAGAGUGGCAGAGAUACCCCGGCCCAGAGUGGUCGAGCGUCAUCGGCUGAAAUUGUUCGUGUUCCUGCAGUGCCAGAGGAGGAUACCUCAUCCGUCAAGUGUGGUGACACAGCAAGCACCGUUGGUACUGCGGGCACUGCGAAGACCGCGAAGACCGCAGAUACGAUGACCAGGGCGCCCGAGGCCGGCUCUCCCCUGAGCUCCCCCGAGCAAGCUGGCCUGGGCAUUCGAGCGAACGAUAAAGUCGCCGGUCAACCAGAAACUCCUGCGCUGGAACGGCACCUGGUCGAUCCACUGCAUGACGCUGAGAAUCCGUAUAAUGGUCCGCCUCAGAGCUCUAUCGAGAUUCUAAAAGCGGAAGAGAGCAUGCCCAGACCGCGAAUUCCUCCUAGUCCUGAUGUCUCUCCCGGAUUCCUCGCCGUCGACAAACGGCCGGCUACAUCCCCUCACGAGCUGCCGCCCAGUAUCCCUCCCUUCUCCCUGUCUGCAGGUGUCUCACCUUCGAAUUCCUCCUUUCCAUCACCAGAUGCUCCACGUUCGUUCAAUGACCGUAACUUCUCGAGUCACUCGUAUCAUCAUCUCCCUUCGGAAUAUCCCUACGCUUCGGUUGAAGAUGUACCAUCUCUCACCAGCAGCGCAUCGACCAUGACCAACACCAUGCACCGCUUCUCGUCUUCGUUCUUCCCUCGUGCUCGUCUUUCUACGGAUCGAGCUGCGUCUUUCUCCGCUGCUGUCCAUCGGCGCUCCAGUCAAGCGAAUUCAUCAAAGAGGUCUAGCUUGGCCAGUCUGUCGAAAUUGGUUGGUGGUCCUAAUGCCGAACGCAGCAAACUCCACCACGAAGAGAAACCCCCUGGCGAUGCACCCGAUUAUUCCAAGAAGAAGGGUCACCGACUCAGUCGACUCAUGCACUUCUGGAAAGUUCGAGACAAGGAGAAACCCAACAAUGAGGCGAGUUCCUCCGAAGGACCGUUGUAA